AUCAGAGCUUGUUACUGGGGCUGGACCGGGACGGGAGAACGAGCGGACGGCUCUUCUGCGUGAAGUAAACGCGCAUCCAAGGCUUUAUUUCCCAUUUUCUCAUCCCAUACCCUCUUUCUUCCCCGGGUUUCCCUCCUGCUGAGAUGAGAUAAUCAACUGAGGAUCAGCCGCCAGCGAAGUUUUGAAGUUGUUGGAAAGAGUUUAGACAGGAGAAGAGGAAGAUGAUGGGGUUAGAGGUCAUCGCACUCUGUCUUCUCUUUGGAGCCCUGAGUCACGGACAGACGACAGAGUGCAUCAAGAAGGAUGACUGUCCCAUAGAUGUGUACUUCACCAUAGACACAUCUGAGACCAUCGCCCUGCAGGAGCCGCCCCCUGGAUCGCUGGUGGACAGCAUCAAGCAAUUCACUGCGGAGUUUGCACAGCGUUUAGAGGAUGCUGAAAUCAGAGGUGCUGUGCGGAUCAACUGGAACAUUGGUGGACUGCAUUUCUCCCAGACACAGCAGGAGUUCAGCCGCAUCGGAUCCAAGGCCGAUUUUAUCACUGGUGUCAAAGGAAUCAGGUACCUGGGUAAAGGCACCUACAUCGACUGCGCCCUUACCAACAUGACCCAGAAAAUGCUGCGCUCAGCCUCAGACCCCAGGGCCCUCCGAUUUGCCGUGGUCAUCACAGAUGGCCACGUGACUGGAAACCCAUGUGGGGGCAUCAAGGUGGCAGCAGAGAGGGCUCGUGAUGAGGGCAUCCGGAUAUUUGUCGUAGCAGCAUCCAAGAACGUUGAUGAGACGGGUCUGAGGGAGAUCGCCAACUCUCCAGCAACAGUCUACAGGAGGGAUUUCAUGGCUGUGGAUCUGAGUCAGGGCAGAGCCACCAUACAGACGAGCACCAUUGAUCGCAUCAUUAAGACGAUGCAACAUUUGGCGUAUGUAGAGUGCUACAAAGUAUCAUGCUUGGAGACACCAGGGCCUCACGGUCCAAAAGGCCACAGAGGACAAAAGGGAGCUAAAGGUGACAACGGCGAACCAGGUCAGAAAGGAGAAAGAGGUCGCCCAGGAGACCCGGGUAUUGAGGGUCCCAUCGGUCAGCCUGGUAUCAAAGGAGAACCAGGUCUUAAAGGCGAGAAGGGAGAGAUGGGAGCUCAAGGGAAGAAGGGUGUGGCCGGCAUCCCAGGACGCAACGGGACAGAUGGACAGAAGGGUAAAAUUGGACGGAUUGGUGCUCCUGGCUGCAAAGGAGACCCAGGCGACAGAGGUCCCGAUGGUCACCCCGGAGAUGUUGGUGAACGUGGUCUUCCUGGAACUGAUGGAGAUAAGGGAGAUCCUGGACGCCCUGGUAGACCUGGUCCCCCUGGCCCGUCUGGAGAGCCUGGACCAAAGGGAGAGAGAGGAAGUCCUGGAUCACCUGGCAUCCCUGGACAGAAAGGAAACCCAGGAACUCCUGGAGGUCCAGGACGCAUAGGAGAGCCGGGGAGAAGAGGGGAUUAUGGGCCAAAGGGGGCUCAAGGUCCAGAUGGAACUAAAGGUGAAAAGGGUGAGAUGGGGCCAGAGGGCCCAAGAGGACUUUCGGGUGAAUCAGGAGCCAAAGGUGCAAAGGGAGACAAUGGUCUGCCAGGCCCCAGAGGACCAGCAGGGACACCAGGAGAGCCUGGGAGAAAUGGUAGCAGAGGUGACCCUGGUGAUGCUGGGCCGAGAGGAGAACCCGGACCAAUUGGACCAAAGGGAGACCCUGGAAGACCUGGCUUUAACUAUCCUGGACCAAGAGGACCAUCGGGUGAGAGAGGAGAAAAGGGUAAUCCUGGACCUCGUGGCAGCAGGGGAGACUGUGGUCAAAAAGGCGAGCCUGGAAAUAAAGGAACUCCAGGAGAUCCAGGUGAACCAGGGCCUAUGGGUGAACCUGGCUCAAGAGGACCAAGAGGAGAGAUUGGGCGUGACGGAGAUCCAGGCCCUGAGGGAGAUCCCGGCCUCACUGAAUGUGAUGUCAUGACCUACAUCAGGGAGACGUGUGGCUGCUGUGACUGCGAGAAACGCUGCGGAGCCCUGGACAUUGUGUUUGUUAUUGACAGCUCAGAGUCAGUGGGUCUCACCAACUUCACCCUGGAGAAGAACUUUGUCAUCAAUACCAUCAACAGACUGGGAUCCCUUGCCAAAGACCCCCAAUCAGAGACAGGCACAAGAGUGGGAGUUGUCCAGUACAGUCACAGUGGAACGUUCCAGGCUAUCCGUCUCGAUGAUCCCAAGAUCGACUCACUGUCUGCUUUCAAGGACGCAGUGAAGCGCUUGGAGUGGAUUGCUGGAGGAACGUGGACUCCAUCUGCUCUGAAGUACGCAUAUGACAACCUGAUCAGGGACAGCCGCAGAGCCAAAGCUAACGUCACCGUAGUUGUGAUCACUGAUGGACGCUUUGACCCUAGAGACGACGACUCUCUGCUCACCGUCCUCUGCAGUGAUGCCAGUGUUGAUGUGAGUGCCAUCGGUAUUGGAGACAUGUUUGACCAGAUCGAGGAGAAUGAGAGUCUGAAGAGCAUCGCCUGCCAGAGGGAUAAUAGGGUGCUGGGCAUGAGACGCUUUGCAGACCUGGUGGCCGAGGAGUUCAUUGAUAAGAUUGAGACUGUGCUCUGCCCAGAACCUAUCAUUGUAUGCCCUGAUCUCCCAUGUAAAUCAGAGCCUGCUGUGGCUAGCUGUGUCCAGCGGCCAGUAGAUGUAGUGUUCAUGUUGGAUGGUUCCGAGAGGAUGGGACUGGAGAACCACCGAAGGGCCAAGGAGUUCAUCGAGAAUGUGGCUCGCCGCCUCACCCUGGCCAAAGACUCGAAAGACGUGAGGAAUGCCCGCUUGGCUCUGCUGCAGUACGGCAGCUCCACAGAACAGAGGGUGGAGUUCCCACUCACACACAAUCUCACAGUGAUCUCUGAUUCACUGGCAGCAAUGACCUACAUGGACUCCUCUUCUGCUCUGGGCAGCGCCCUCAUCAAUGCUAUCAACAUUGUUGGAUUGCCAAAGAGGGAAGAACGCAGAACGGACAAUUCUCGCAAGGCUGAGGUGUCCUUUGUGUUCAUCACUGAUGGCAUCACAUCCAGCGACCAGCUUGAUGAGGGCAUAACUGCCAUGAGACGAGCGGAAGGCGUUCCCACAGUGAUUGCCCUGGGAUCCGACACAGAUGAAGAGGUGCUGCGUAAGGUGGCCCUAGGGGACAUGUCGGCCAUUUUUAGAGGAGAUAACUAUGCCAUGCUGAACAAACCAUCAUUCUUUGAGCGCUUUAUCCGCUGGAUAUGCUAGUGAGGAACUGUAACGCACUACACCAUAGAAUUAGAAUCUGUAGAAAGAAAGAAGGCCCUUCCUUCAGUGUAUGCGUAAACACACACACAGAGGCAUCAACAAACCUCUGUGAUCAUUAUCAUUAUGAGCGAUGGAUGUAAGACACUGAGACAGCUACAUAUCCUGUUUUUAUCGGUGAAGAUUAAUUUACAAAGGCAAAAUAGUACAGUACAUACAUAGGAUCAGCACACACAUAAACAAAAACAUAGGCUUGCAAUAUCAUUUGUAACUUUCUCGUUCUAUUUGUUCUAAAUCCAUGUGCAGCACUUCCAACCAAAGACACUCAGAAGAAUCCCACAGGAGAGGUGUAUGAUUAUUGAAUGUGUACGAAACAAAUUGUAUGGUUUAUUUUGUUUUUAUUUUGUAUUUCUUUUAAGUUUACAGAAAAGAAUCUCUCUCUCUCUCUCGCUCUCUCUCCCUCUCUCUCUCUGUCUGUCUGUCUAAGGUCUCUCUCUCUCUCAGUGUCUCUUCACAAAGUCACAUUAUUCACAUUAAAGGUGCUAAAACAGAGAAAAAGGACAAAGCCAUCUGACUGGUUCUGAAUACUUUUUUUACAUUGUGUAUGCUGUAAUUACUGUAGUUUGUUCAGGGGAUAAAUAACAUGCAGACAUGUCUUCCAAGGAAACAAAAUCACAUAUAAAUGCCACGCAUGCAACCACACAAGAAUUCUACACACAAACACAUGAACACACAUAUACUGUAGGUAAUUACACAUACACUGACAAACAUAAAAGAACCAAAUCUGUAAACAUGAAGUCCAAAUAAAGCCUAAUGUGGUCACCCCAA